AUGGAGUGGAUUGGGAAGCAUCUGGGAAAAUUUGAGUCGCUGUUUCUAGCCGAUCUUGAAAACGGAAAGAUGGCUGAUAAGGGUUCAUAUUGUGGACUAGAAGGGGAUCUUUGGAUGAACUUGGAUGGCAGUAUAUCACCAAUCUGUUUGAACAUUUUACCCCUGGCAUCUUCAUCCUCAGAGUUGGUCCUGUUGUCUGCAGAUUCUGCCUUCAAAUUUUCUUUUGCUAUCAACUGUAAGAUUUUCAUUCACUUGAAACUGAGAGGCUAUUUCNAUUUAAAGAAGGAAAUCAUUGGAUCGUUGCCUGAGAUUAUUGGGGAUCAUAACUGUCAAGCUGUGGUUGAUUCUUUAGAAAAAAUGCUUCAGGAGGAUUCUGAUGUUGUUGUUCCAGUGCUUGAUUCUUUCUCCAACCUUAAUUUAGAUGAUCAAUUGCAAGAACAGGCGAUUACAGUAGCAAUAUCAUGUAUUAGAACAGUCGACGCAGAGCACAUGCCAUAUCUACUUAGGUUUUUGCUUCUUGCUGCUACUCCAGAAAAUGUUAGAAGAAUAAUCUCCCAGAUACGAGAACAGUUGAAAUUCACCGGAAUGUCACAACCUUGUCCUUCUCAGAAUAAACUUAAAGGAAAAAUACCUGCAUAUAACGCAGAAGGUUCUAUUCUCCAUGCUUUAAGAUCAAGCCUUCGGUUUAAGAAUAUACUCUGUCAAGAAAUCAUAAAGGAGCUGAAUAGUCUGGAGAAACCUCGGGAUUUUAAGGUAAUUGAUGUAUGGCUGCUUAUUCUCAUGUACAUGAACGGGGACCCCAUCCGGAAGAGUAUCGAGAAAAUAUUUAAGAAGAAAGUGGUCGAUGGAUGCAUACAAGAAACCCUGCUUGAUCAAUGUAUAUGUGGUAAUAAAGAGUUUGUGCAGGAUAAUUUUGCAUCAUUUGUUUCUUUGGCUGAACACCUCUUGUCAUGCAAAGAAGAAAAGGCAAGGGAAAUGGGCUCGCAUAUCUAUACUCGUCUUUUUGAAGGGUUUGCUGACAAUUAUUCAAGACAAGAGAUUCUAGGUGCUCUAGUGACACAUGUGGGAUCUGAUAACAAAUUUGAGGUCAGUUCGGUCUUGGAGAUGAUGACGGCUCUGGUGAAAAAAUAUGCGCAGCAACUCCUUCCCUUUUCUUCCCACAUAAAUGGUAUUUUGGACUACUUAGAGGGUUUUAGUAUUGAAAAUUUGCAUAAGGUCUAUGAGAUUUUCAGUCUCCUUGCACUAUCAGCUCGUGCAAGUGCUGAUUCUUUUCGAUCUUCAAUUUCAAAUGAACUUAUGAUGAUAGUAAGGAAGCAGGUUAGUCAUCCAGACCUCAAGUACAAAAAGAUGGGCUUAGUUGGAACUCUUAGGAUUGUGUCGUCACUUGGGGAUGCAAAGAGUGUUCCUGACCUUCCAUCAUCACAGGUUUCAGAUUGUGGGGAGAUUUUGGAGCUCUUGAAGACAUCUGUUGACUCUUGCAAACAGUCUAACUUAGCCCUAAUUAUGUUCUAUGAUGAAUUUGCUACAAUUCUUAGCCAUAAGUUACUUCAACCAGAAAUUAUGGAGUGGAUUGGGAAGCAUCUGGGAAAAUUAGAGUCGCUGUUUCUAGCCGAUCUUGAAAACGGAAAGAUGGCUGAUAAGGGUUCAUAUUGUGGACUAGAAGGGGAUCUUUGGAUGAACUUGGAUGGCAGUAUAUCACCAAUCUGUUUGAACAUUUUACCCCUGGCAUCUUCAUCCUCAGAGUCCUGUUGUCUGCAGAUUCUGCCUUCAAAUUUUCUUUUGCUAUCAACUGUUGAGAGGUUGACAAAUGAUGGAUCCCUUGCUGGGAUCGAUGCUCUGCUCGGAUGCCCUUUGCACCUCCCCUCUCCGAAGUACUUUGCUGCAGCUGGUUGGCAGUCUCUGACAAAGAAGCAGAGAGAAAUCCUCUCUCUCUCCUUAUAUUAUGCUGCAAACUGGAUACGAGAACUCCUUAACGCUUUCAGUUCCCAAAUUGAUGAAAGAUUUGGCUGCAUUAGUCAGGCUACAGAAAAGGAUGUAACAACAAAGCUUCUGAAGAGACUUAGAAAUCUAGUAUUCUUGGAAAGCUUAUUGAGCAAUUUGAUUACACUAUCUCCUCAGUCUCUACCGGAGCUCCACCCUUAUUCUGAAUCUCAUGUAGAACAUCCAGAGAAGAAGAAUGAGAAGAGGAAGCUCGACGAUGAUGGUUCCCAACACAAGGGAAGCAUGAAAAAUAACUUGAAAAAAUCUAAGCAUUCAAAUGUGAAUGAAAAGCUCCGCCAGCCAACUAUUAUGGAUGCAUUCAAGAAAGCAGGAGCAGUGAUGAGUCAAAGUCAAACACAGCUACAUGGAACCCCUUCCCUUCCAUCUUUGGAUGGCAGGACAGCAGCAACACCAAUGAAUGAUUGUUCUGAUGAUGAAUCUCUAAUUGUGAAGAUUCCUCAAGUUUCAUUGGCACUUGAAGCUCAAAGAUUCAAGUUCAGGCCUCUUCUUCCUCAAUGCCUUUCCAUCUUAAAAUUUUUAAAGGUGCCAAGCCAAGACAUAGGCAGCCCUGAGUAUAAAGCUGAGCUACCUGUGUAUUUGUAUCUCUUACAUGAUCUUCACAACAAGCUGGAUUAUCUUGUUCCUCAUGGUAAACAACAUCCUUUUAAACGUGGAAGCGCUCCAGGUUGUGUCGGAAGAUUCAAAUUGAUGAUGAUCCUCCCUGAGUUUGAAACAGACAAAUCACUGCUGCUGAAUCUUCUUGAAGCCUUCCAGCCAACUGAAAUAUCAGUUGCUAGCUUUCCGGACAUCCAACCUUUCCCUUCACCUGGGACAAAGGAGUACUUGUAUAUUGGCGUUUAUUAUUUCUUUGAAGAUAUUUUAAAUAAGGCAUGUUCCUUCUCCUUUGAUCUGGCCUUCGAAUGUCUUCUCACUCUACAGUUAGUGAUGACCUCUGCGCAAAAAUAUCUUGGCAAGGUAUCAGAAGAAGCUACCAAAAAGAGAUGUCCAGGCCAUUCUCAGGGUCUUGUACCCAGUCUACAUGCUAAACUGGGAACUUCUGCUGAGAAACUUCUCAGGCAUAAAUGGAUCGAAGAUAGUACUGAGAAUAAGGGUCUGAAGAACAAAGGUGAGAUGGUACAGACCAUAUUGCGAAUAUACUUGGAAGCCAGUGGAUCCACAUCUGAUUUGCUUGAUGAGCUUGCUUGUACUAUUUUGCCUCAGGUACAAGGAAAAAUCUUUCGCUGGGCUCUACUUUGCAUAGAGUUUGAUGCAAUCUGA